UUGGCUGACCCGGCCGGAAGGGGCGGUGUCGCGCGCGCCCGCUGGCUGGCGAGGCGGCGGUGGGGCUGCGUGGAGCCCCCGUCCUAAUGGCGGCGCUGAAGUACGCGGGGCUGGAGGACACGGACAGCGAGGAGGAGCUGCCGCCCGGCUGGGAGGAGCGGACCACCAAGGACGGCUGGGUUUACUACGCCAAUCAUCUUGAAGAAAAAACGCAGUGGGAGCAUCCUAAAUCUGGAAAGAGGAAACGUGUUGCAGGAGGACUUCCAUAUGGAUGGGAGCAGGAGACUGAUGAAAGUGGACAAGUCUAUUUUGUGGACCACAUAAACAAAAGGACUACUUACCUUGACCCAAGAUUGGCAUUUACAGUUGAAGAUAAUCCAGUAAAACCUACUACUAGACAAAAAUAUGAUGGAAACACUACUGCAAUGGAAAUACUUCAGGGUCGUGACUUGAGUGGAAAAGUGGUUAUAAUCACUGGAGCAAAUUCAGGAAUAGGUUUUGAAACUGCAAAGUCUCUUGCACUGCAUGGGGCUUAUGUUAUCCUGGCCUGCAGAAAUAUGUCAAGAGGCAAUGAUGCUGUACAACGCAUUCUUACGGAAUGGCAUAAAGCCAAGGUAGAAGCAAUGACCUUAGACCUUGCUUCUCUUCAUAGCGUGCAGCACUUCGCCGAAGCAUUCAAGUCCAAGAAUGUGCCUCUUCACAUACUGAUCUGCAAUGCUGCCAUUUUUGGUGUUGCGUGGUGCUUGACGGAAGAUGACCUGGAGUCCACCUUCCAGGUGAAUCACUUGGGACAUUUUUAUCUUGUCCAGCUCCUUGAAGAUGUUCUACGCCGUUCAUCUCCUGCGAGAGUGGUUAUGGUAUCCUCAGAAUCACACAGAUUUACAGAAAUUCAAGGUUCCUUUGGAAAACUUGAUUUCAGCCUGCUUUCUCCAUCUAAGAAGCAGUAUUGGUCUAUGCUGGCCUACAACCGUUCCAAGCUUUGCAAUAUACUGUUCUCCAAUGAGCUGAACCGACGCCUUUCUCCCCACGGGGUGACGUCUAAUGCCGUCCAUCCUGGAAAUAUGAUGUACUCCUCGCUCCAUCGGAACUGGUGGGUGUAUAGCCUGUUGUUUACCUUGGCUCGACCUUUCACCAAAUCCAUGCAACAAGGAGCUGCCACCACCGUGUACUGCGCCACGGCGCCGGAGCUGGAGGGCCUGGGCGGGAUGUACUUCAACAACUGCUGCCGCUGCGCCCCGUCGCCCGAGGCGCAGAGCGUGGCGGUGGCCGCGGCGCUCUGGGAGCUGAGCGAGGGGCUGCUCCGGCAGCGCGCCGGACGCCGGGGCCCCUAGCCGGCCAGGAUCGCCUUGGGUGUGGCAAGGAAAAAGACGAUUAAGCAAAGAAAUCUGCCCUGCCCUUGGCUGCUGCCUGCAAAUACAACUGCGCUGUCGAGAAGAAGAAGGUGCGAGAAGACAUCUGAACAGAAACAGUAAAUUCACAGCUAAUUAAAUAUUUCUGCUUCUUUCUUAAAAGGUUAUCAUAAAAGAUACGUUGUAAACCGUUCCCUAAAUACUGUAGGGUUAGGAGAGAUGAUGAUGUCUCCUUAGGAACACACAGGGUGUAAUCAGGGGGUUUAAAUGGUAUUUCCAUCCAUUUCUCAGUUCACAGUUUUAAGGAGGUUUUUUUUCUUUAAAGUUCACAGUUCCUCAGUUGUCCUGAUACUGUAUCCCAGUCUCAGUUCUUUUCUUUCAAUUUAAAUUUAAUAAAACAACAUGCUUGAAUAUGGUCA